UUCUUCUUGUUAAUCUCCUCUUUGAAUUAAUCAUGAUCCUUAAUUAUAUUUCUAGGGUUUGUUCUUGAUUUUCGUUGUAAACCCUAGAUCUAUAUUGUAUGAAUUAAAGAGUUUAUAGAACAACAAGUGGUAUCAGAGCAACCGUGAUUAAUUCUUAGGGAUUUAUGUUUGAGUUGAAGAAAUUAGGGUUUUCAUCUUAAUUUUUUCUUAAGAUCAGUUGCACGUAUCAACAUUGUAGCGUGCAUGUUUAAUCAAUCUUACUUUGUUCAAUCUAGAUCAAACUCUUGAUUCAAAUAUUAUAUCUAUUAAUUCAUUUCAAUUUUGGUAUAUGAGGUCGUAGUUAUGCAAUUGGGUGUGCUUGCUUGUUUUUGUUUUGAAUUUAAAGAUUGUGCUGGGUUUGUGCAUUUGUUUUUGUUUCUUUUGUUCGAGAGGAUUUUUUAGGCUCUGUGGCUAUUUUGAAUUAGCAGUGUGAAUUAAAGUGUGUCUGUGUUAUUAAUUAAAGCUGAGGUUGAUGCAAAAUUUGGUUUCAUCAUGUGCUUUGCUAAUGGGAUCAUGUUAUGCUUGUCUCCGCCAUCUUAAGAGUGGUUUAUGCAUGAAUGUAGAUGGAACUAAGGAGGAUACAUAGUUUGAAGAUGAAAUGUAGUUUGUUAAAGAGGCUUGUCAGGUUCUUUUGAAUUGCAUGGAACCUGGUUUGUUCCGGUUCACAGGACGUGUACGGGAACAUGGUACACCACUCAACAGGAAUCAGUUUUCUAAAGAGGCAGGUAAUACGGUGGAUCAGAUCUCGCUGUCAGUUGUAUGUGUCACUGCUUAAUCCUUCAUCUCCGUUUCCUGGAGGAUGUGAUGAGGGAUUUUCCUGUGGGAACGCUUCAUGGGAAUUUGGCAAUGGCUUACGGAGGAGAAGAAUGCUGCAAUCCGACCGAACAUCGAACUCUGAUGACAACUUCGCUGGUCCAUUGAAACAUCUACUCCCAGCUACCAAGUGGCAGAAGCUGUACCUGGACGACGGCACUGGUGAUAGGCUCUCCCUUUCCGGUUAG